AUGGCCUCGACAGGUCAGGGCGCUCCUCCGGGGCCUUCCGGCGGACAGUCGAGACCAGCGCCGCGCAAGCCCGCACCCGAUGGCGCUGGGGGGACAGGUACGGCGCGGAAGCAUAGCGGAAGCGUCGGCGGCGGCGGUGGUGGCGCGGGUGGAGCUAUCAACCGACAGCAUUCCGCUAGGUCGACAGUUUCCAGUGAGGAAUCGGAGGGCGGAGAAGGCUCCACAGUCAGAUCAACGGCUGGGGACGGUGGCGGUGCGGCAGGGGUUAAGUCAGACAAUGCUUCCGAGCCGCCCACUCCUAGCGGGAGUAGCAAAGGUGGCGGGGAGAGUAAAAAGCCUAAGACUUUCACGAGAAUGCUGUCUAAAAAGGGUGGUAGUUCAAGCGGCAUCGGCACGGCGACGAACGCCAGUGGUGGUAGCAGCAGUGGGCGACACAGAAGCGGAUCAGGAAUCCCCUCCGGAGCACCUCACCCACACCCACCAGCAGGUGCUGCAGCAGCAGCAGGAGCAGUAGCGACGGCGGCGGCAUCGACAGCAUCGGCGGAAGCGGCGGCGGCGGCGGGUUACAGCAGCGACGCGUCGGUAGCCAGCAAGUCGUCCGGAAGAUCAGGGGCGGUGAAGAGAUCAGCGGCUGUGAGCAUGGUGCGGCGAUCGACGGGCGUGAUGCUGGUGAUGGACCCAUGGACGGCUAAGAUCUUGCACGUGAGCGAGGGGGGAAUCACGGCGCUUGGAUACAGCAAGGCGGAGCUGAGGGAGCGAACGAUCUGCGACCUGGCGGAUGGGCUCACGCUCGUGGAAUGGUCUAAGGCCAUUGGCGGACUCGCCAGUCAGGAGGCGAGAAGAGUGGUGCUAAGGUUCCGUCUGUGCAAGACAACGGACCGCAAGGCUGCUUUGUUAGGGCAGAAGGUAGACCUGGAGUUGCAGCUGCAUGGCGCAGGCGAGAACAAAGACCUUGUGGGUACCAUGACGCUCGCUAACCCGGACCUUACUUCUUCCCGGCACGCUGGCAGCAGCAGUAGUUCCUCUCACCACCACCAGCACAAGGAGAAAGGGGCUUCCGGUGGUGCAGGGAAGGAGGGUUCCGCUGCCGCCGCUGCUGCUGCUGGUGCUUCAGGUGCAGCUGCGGCUGGUGCCGCGGCUGGCAGUGCCGCUGGGGGAAAAGAGGGAGGAGCGAAAGGGGCGACGAGUGGCGAUGCUGGUGCAUCUGGUGGUGCAUCUGCUGCUGGUGGGACAGGCUUAGCAGGCAAGGCCAGACGACCGGGGGGUGAUAGGCCCGGCAGCGCCACAGUCAAUAGGAGUGGGAGUGUUAGCGGUGGUGGUGGUGGUGCUGCUGCUGCUGCGUCGCCGUCCCAGCAGAGGAGAGAGAGAGUGCCAGGGAGGGAUAAACCGGAUGGAGCUGCGAGCAGGGCUGCUGCUGAUGGUAGUGGCAGCAGUGGGUCUAGCAGCACCGCUGCAGCUGCGACGACAGCUGGGGCAGCUUCUGGAGUAGGGGAUGGCAAAGAGAAAGAGAAAGAUGCGGCGAGAGUGAACAGGGAUAAGGAGAGGCGAGUGAAGGAGAAGGAGGAGAAAGGGAGGAGUGCGGGGAGUAGGGACAAGGAGCGGAAGGCAACGGAGGGGGAGGGGAAAGGGGAGGACGGCGGGGAGAGUACUGCAUCUGAAAGUAGGGAAGGCGAGGCAGCGAGCAGCGGCAAACGCUCUAGCAGCAGCACCACAGGUGGAGUUGCAGGGAGUGGGGGGGGGGCUGGGGGGGCGGGGACAGCUGCAGCCGGUGCUAGCAGUGUGAGUGGCGUGAAGAAAGCACCAGUUGUGCGGAUACCGUCUGGGGAUAAUAGCAGGGGGAGUGAGGUGGGUACGCCUACGAAGCGGCGCAGCAGCAGCAAGAGAGCGUCAGAGCUCAGUGCUGCUGGUGCUGAAGGUGCGGUGAGCAGCCCUAGAACCCCCACUGGCUCCCGCUCCCGCUUCUCCUCCUCUUCCUCUGUCCCUUCCGCAAGUGCUGCUGGGAGCGCCGGGGCGCGGGAAGCAGGCGCAGGCGCGGAAGGGGACGCGGGGGUGAAAAAGCCUGGCAGACUGGCGAACGCUGGAGGGCCUGGGGCGCGGGGAAUGGGGAGAGCGGAGAGCACUGGUGGUGCUGGGGCGAAAGGGGCGCAGAAAAAAGGAUCAGGCGGAGGGGAAGAGAUGGGAGGAGGGGAGGGGGUUGAAGGGAUGGAAGGGACAGGGGAAGGAGAGAUGGGGAUGGGGGAGGAGGAGGAUUUGAUGGAUGACAUGUAUAGCCCAGUGCACGGUGAACAAGGUGGGGGAAUGGGCAUGGAUGAGGGUAUGGGCAUGGACAUGGGCAUGGACAUGGGCAUGGACAUGGGGAUGGAAGGGUAUGAGGGGGGGGAUGGCAUGAUGCAUGAUGGGGGAAUGGGCAUGGGAGCCAUGGGGGGUCAUAUGCAUGAUGAUGAUGACGAUGAUGACGAUGAUGAUGAUUAUGAUGACUCCACGAUAAUGGCUAAGCCUCUUAAUACGAUGGAUGGAGGUGGGGGGAUGAUGGGGGCAGGUGGAGGGCCUAUGGGCAUGGGACCGGGAGGAGUGGGGCCAGCAGGCAUGGUAGCAGGGAUGGUGGCGGGGAUGCCUCUUCCCGGACCUGCUGGCUUGGCUCGGCAGCAGCAGCAGCGGAGGGGGACCUACAGGGAAGAGCAGAUGAGCCACGAUAGCAUAGUCUUGGCUCCUAUUUUGCAUUCUCCGCGGAUGGGCAUGGGGAUGACAGGCAUGGGUAUGGGGCAGAUGAUGGGAGGUGAAGAGGAGGAUCAUGAGGACGAUGAGGACUUGUAUGGUGGCGGAGGGGGGAGGGAGGAGGAGGAAGAGGAGGGGUUAGGGUUAGAGGAGGAUGACGGUGGAAUAGACUUGUACAGCCCUGCUUCACGCGCCUCCCGUGCUUCUCGCAGUGGAGGGGCAGGUGCAAGGAGGAAGGCGGAUGCUGCUACCAUGGCUGCUGUGACGGAAUCCGUUCUUGCUCUCAACAGGGCGCUGAUGGAUGCAGCAGGGUUGGGUACGGUGACGCUGGUGGCGGCAACACGGACUGUGGCAGUGAGCAACGAGGGCAUGGCGGCAAUGCUGGGGCGCGCCAGGGCGGACGUGGACGGGCAGUGCUUUGCGGAUCUUGUGCUUGAAGCUGACCGACCCAAGUUCGAGGCGUGGUUGGAUCGAGUGUGCAAGAAGGCUGAGGACCAAGCUUCCGACUCGACUCCUGCUGACUCUACAGAAGCAGGCAAAGCAGGGACGCCGGUGCCUGAUGGUCAAGUGGACAACGCAAUGGAAAUGCUUGGCGCUGCUGCUGCCCCUGCUGCUGCUGAUGGUGCUGCUAGCAAGGACGGUGGAGCUGUGCUGGCAGGGGAAGGGGCAGACACAGCAGCUGGAGGAACAGCAGGACCAGAGGCAGCAGCAACAGCAGCAGACGGGGAAGGAAAGGAGGGAGGAAUUGCAGGAACAGGGGCAGCAGCAGCAGCAGCAGCGGCGGCGGCGGCAGAGCCAGCAGUGGGGCAGGGGAGGGACUGUUUAGAGGUGCGGAUGCAGCACAAGUUGGGAGGGUCUGUGCGUGUGCGUAUGACUGCUGCUCUGCCACCGCCACCAGCAGCAGCUCCUGACACACAAGCUGCUGCCCACCAAGACAGCGUGGUGGGAAUAGCGGAUCUGCUACUGGACACGGACCUAGCAGGCGAGCAGCGCAUAUUCAUGGAGCUCAUUCUCGCCACCUCCUCCAACCUACACACCGUGCUCUCCAACCUCCUCCUCUCCGCCGCCACCCACCCGCCCCUGCCUGCCGCUGGAGGAUUCUUCAAGCCCUCGCUGCACCUCGCUACACAAGACGUAGACCUUCACCGCCAGGUGCGGGAGUGUGUGCGGCUGGUGGACGUGGUGGCAAAGGAGAAGGGACUGGCGCUCAUGUGCGGGAUAGACUCAGCGGUGCCGCGCAUGGUGGUCACCGACGCAGUGCGUCUCAGACAAGUGCUCAUGAACCUGCUCUUCAACGCCCUCCACAACACCACCCGGGGUGACAUCACAGUGAGUCUGCGACUGGCGUCGCGGUACGAGAGGGAGCAGGUGCAGGAGCGGCGCAGGGAGCACAAGGCGCAGCAGCGCACUCUCCUCGGCCCCGCUGCUGCCUCCGCUGCCGCUGACGAUGACGACGACGACGAGGAUGCGGGGGACAGUGCGGGCGCGCUGCUGCUGCGCUUUGAAGUGCGGGACUCGGGGUCGGGCAUGCUGCCUGCUAUCAGAGACGAGCUCACUGCCAUGUUUGCCUCUACCCUCCCAGCGGAGUCAGUGAACGGAGUGAGGGGCACGGGCCUGGUACUCGUGAAGAAUCUCCUGGACAUGUUUGGCGGCUUCCUGCGCUUUGACAGCGACGAGCACCGCGGGUCGUCCAUGGUCUUCUUUGUGCGCGUAGCCAUUCCCGAGGUCAUGCUCACGCCCGCCCAGCUCAGCCCUCACCAGCCCCCGGACAUGGCGCUCUGGCGCAGACUGGCAGACAUCCGCGUGCUACUCGUCGACGAGGACAAGAUGAGUGAGAUGAUAGCAUCAAGUGUGUUCCGGCACCUGGGUCUGCCCAUGGACACAGCCCACACUGCCAUGGACGCCGCAUCACUCUGCCACAAGUACAAAUACGACCUCAUCCUUAUUGACUGCAACCUGUCGGGGGUGGAUGGGUUUGACACGGCGAGGCUGCUGAGGGCGCAGGAGAAGGAGGGUGUGGGGCGGGCGGGCGUGUACGAGCGCAGCUGCAUGGUAGCGCUCACACCCGGGCUCACCACGAGCAGGGAGGAGGAGCAGCGGUGCAAGCGUGCCGGCAUGGACUACUUCAUCCCCAAACCCGUGCGCCUCAAGGACCUGCAGAUGGUCGUCAGGGAACGCCUGGACAAGCUGGAUACAGGUUCGAGGUCCUCGUUCUCCGGGCCCUGCACGCUCGUGCAGUUCCGCUCUGUGGACGACGACGAGGACGAUGAUGAGCACAGGGACGAGCACCAGGAGGAGGAGGACGAGGGGCGUGGCCGCAAGUCAAAGGCCGACCGUCGCAAGCGCGUGCAGCGCAGGCGCUCCCGCAGCAGCCGUUCAAGCCACACCGAGGAUGAGGAUGAGGGGGAUGAGACAGAGAGCGAUCACCCUGGGGACAGCACCACACCGUCACUCACACCUGAGGCCACCACGCCCGUGUCAGCUGCCAUGGCUGCCGCCAUGGAACUCCAACUCCCCCCCGAGGAAGCCCAUGCGCUGGUGGCAGCUGCUGUUGCUGCCUCCUCCUCCUCUUCCUCGGGGUUCUCCGGCCUUCCUCCCAACCCGCUCUGGUCCACAGGGAGCCUUCGCACCACAGGUAGCCUGAGGCCGCAGCCAGGGUCCAGGGACAUGCGGUCUGCUCUGGGUCGAGGGAAGGAGGGCGGGUCGGGCAUGCUGCGGAGAGGGCGGGAGGGAGGAUCGGGGUCCCUGGCGUUUUCUGCAGCAGGGGGUGGUGGAUCUGGCGGCUCUGGGUCGUCCCCUAGGAGGGUUGGCAGUGGCGGGAGAGGAGGAGGAGAAGGGUUGGUGGGCACGGGGAGUGGGCGAAGAGAGGAUAUUUACAGUCUGAUUAUGUCUCAGAAGGUCAGUCAGGAUGAGGAGAAGGUGCAGCGGCGAGGGUCAGGGCUGCAGAGAGGGGGCAGUGGCAGCAGGAGCGAUAGCGGCGGGAGUGGGAGCGUGGGUCGCAGUGGGAGUGGGAGGAGGAGCAGUAGACUGGUGGUUGAAGUGACGGACCCAAACAGACUCACUGGGAGGCGGUCGGAACUCAAAGCCUUUCUGGAUGGUGCUGAAGACGAUGGAGUGAAGGGUAUCGGCAAGAGGAGCUCCGAUGUUAGUGGGCUGAGGGCGCUGGGGAAGAGGGAGAGCGCACAAUGGAAGGACGGGCGGGACGUGAAGGAACGCGAGGGGAGUAAGAGCUUUGGAAGGCAGAAGGUGGAAGUGGAGGAAGAGGAUGAGGAUCGGGAUGAGGAUGCGGCAGAGGGUGGUGUGACGGGUGGGGAGGAUGAUGAUAUUAGGGAUGAGCCGAGGGAAGCAGGCAAGGGGCAUGUGAAGCAGAAGUCGUCCAUGACUGGGCUGACCAUGGACCAGAUCUGGGCUCGCAUGAUGAACAAACCUGCAGCCAUUGCGGAAGGGGGCAAGGGGGAUGAGGACGAGGAGGAGAGAGGGAGUUUGUCUGGGCUGGCAGAAGCGGCGGCGGCGGCAGCGGCUGGUACGCUGGUGAGCACACCGAGCCUGGGGCGGCUGGUGCAUGAGAAGGAGGUGGAGAUGGCUCGCAACCUCAAGACUCUGGAUGAAGAUGAUGACAAUGAUAAUGAUGAUGAUGAUGAUGAUGAUAUGGAUGGGGAGGCUGCUGCUGCUGCUGCGCCGGCUGCUGCUGCUGCUGCUCCUGCCGCUGCUGUUCCUGCUGCUGGUGGUGCGGAUGUUUCUGCCGCUGGCAGUUCUGAUGCUUCUGUGCUGGCAGCAUCCAAUGAAGCCCAAAGUGGAGGUGAUGGGGAUGAUGGUGUGGACGAUGAUGACGAUGGGGAGAGCGACAGCGACGGCGAGGAGGAAGCAGCUGAUGGCAGCCCUACGCUGGGGCGAACGUUCACAGUGAAGGCAUCGGGUGACCGCAUUCGGCAGCUGCUGCGCAGCCAGACCACGGACCGAGUGGCGGGGAAGAAGAGCCAGCAGGACGGCAACAGCCAUAACCCCGCACUCGUUAGAAGCAAGACUGCCGGGACUACCGUUCCCGUGCACCUGCAAGGCCAGGGGGUGAUUGGCAGGGUGGGCAGUGCUGCUGGUGGUGGUGGCUUGGGGGUUGGGCGCACGGGCAGCAUGGGUGGCAGCAGGCUGGGUGCAAGCUCGUUUGGAGUGCCGGAGGGUGGGGGACGGUUUGACGUGGCAGCAGCUGCUGCUGCGGCAGUUGCUGCUGUGCCUGGUGGAACGCAACCGGUGCUUCCCGGCUUUGGCCCUGCUGCUGGCCUCCCUGGGUCUACUACUCACAUGAUUGAGGCUGGCGGGGCUGUAGGGGCUGUGGGGGCCGUGGGGGCUGUGGGAACUGCAAGUGCAGUGGAUGGAAGGCAGGGUGGGGACGCAGCAGGAGCAGGUUUGAAUGGGGAGGAUUUGUCUGAGGAUGAGGGGAUGGCGUGGGAGCGCGAGGUGAGGGAGGGGAGGGGUGGCUCGGGUCGGCAUAUGGAUGAGGAGUUGCCGCUGGGAUGGGGCAUGAAGGACCGCCUGGGCGGGCCCAGGGGAAGCUACAAUGAGAGGGAAGAGGGGGUUGAUGGGGAGGAUGAGGAGGGGGAGGAAGAGGAUGAGGAUGGGGAGGAGGAUGAGGAGGAUGAGGAGGAUGAGAUGGAUAUUAAAGAGGAGAUUGCACUGGCUAGGGUUGCAGCAUCGGAGAGCUUGAACAGGAGGAAGGCUGCGCAGUUGCUAGAGGAGCUAGGGCCACGGGGAGGCGAUGGUGCUGCCGGCAUGGGGUGA